AUGAGAUUUUUAAAAUCUUUUAAUAUUUAUAUUUUUAUACUAAUUAUAUUUAUUUUAAAUAAAAAUAUCUAUGCAAUAGAUAAUAAAAAUGAUGUUAAUGAAAACUGCCCACAUAAAAUUACAACUUUAGAAAAAUGGUCAAACUUAGCAACAUGGAAAAUUAAUAAUAAACUACCGGUAGUCAAUCAAAACAUCAAUAUUACCGGCCCGAUUUUAUUAGAUAUAUCACCACCAGCAUUGGGAACCAUUAGAAUAACUGGCAGUGGUAUGCUUGUAUGGGACCAUAAGCAAGGUUUGGAACUAAGGGCAAGGUCUAUAAUGAUUUAUGAUGGUGGUCAAUUAAUAAUUGGUAGCGAGCAAUGCAAAUUCAAAUAUAAAACAUCCAUAACUAUUUAUGGUGAAUCUAUACAUACUGAAGUUAAUCAAACAAUUGAGGAUGGUUUAAAUUUAGAUUUUGGGCAAAAAGUAAUUGGCAUUGGCCAUGGUGGUACGAUAGAAUUACAUGGCGAAACACCAAAAACUCUUUGGACGAAAUUAAAUGAAACCGCCAACCCAUCGAAUCAAAUAAUUACAGUACUGGACGAAGUUAGUGAUUGGCCUGUUGGUUCCGAACUAGUAUUUGCCAGCACUGAUUUUGAUAUGUACCAAACCGAAACAAACUAUAUCGAGCCCUGUAAAGAAUGUAAAAAGAAUCAAAUUAAAUUAAAGAAUCCAUUGAAGUAUUCUCACUGGGGCAACAUUACCAAAGGAAUUGAUGAAAGGGGUGAAGUUGGUUUAUUAACUCGAAACAUUAAAAUUCAAGGCUCUCUGGGUACUUCGUGUGUAAACUCUCCUUUGGUUUGCGAAUUCUUCAAAUUUGAUACCUUUGGUGCACAUAUUAUGAUUCAAAAGGAUUUUAAAAAUGCCCAUUUUCAAGGUGUGGAGCUAUUUCAGGUAGGUCAGUCCCAUGUAAUCUCGAGGUAUCCUAUACACUUUCAUAUGUGUGGAAGAGUUGAUGAAAAAGGAGGCUAUGAAAAACCUGCAUAUAUUCAAAACUGCUCCGUUCAUAAAUCUUUCUCAAGAUGCUACGUAAUUCAUGGAACACAUGGUUUAUUGGUCAAUAAUAACAUUGGGUUUGACUCGAUAGGCCACUGCUAUAUGUUGUGUGAUGGUAUCGAAAUGGACAAUAUCAUUACAAAUAACCUGGGUCUUUUAACUAAAGCUGGUUUAUUAUUCCCACACGAUAGAAGCUGUGAAAUGUGUAAAAGAGUUCAACCAUAUGACUUUAAUGGCAACCCAACACAAUGUACAGAAUGUGAAGCGGUUUCAACAUUUUGGAUUUCAAAUGCAAACAAUCAUUUCGUUGGUAAUGUUGCAGCCGGUUCGGAAUCAGCUGGUAUUUGGUAUAUUUUUCCAGAAUACCCAACAGGUUUAAGUCACAAUGAAGGUGUAGAAAAGAAAAUCAAACCAUAUUUAAUACCAGCCAGAAAUUUUACAAAUAAUGUUGCGCACUCAAAUACCAACGGUCUUCAAAUUGACUCUGGAAUUAAAAUUACACCUCCAAGUAUUAAAAAUCCUGAACAACUCGGCGCAAUUAUAAAUGGUCGAUAUAAACCAAGAUCUGACCCAACUGAUAUCAAUUCUGACCCCACACCUUCAAUAUUUGACGGUGGUAUACUCUACAAAAAUCGUUGGCGUGGUGGAUGGGCAAGAGGAGGUCAUUUAAUCUUUAAAAACUUUCAAAUCGCUGAUAAUGCAAUUGGAUUUACCUUAGCAAGCGAAGGCACCACACCUGAAGAUCCAGCAGUUGGUCAACAAAUGUACAAUUCAUUAUUUGUCGGUGAAACCGAUAACAAAGGUCAAGCAUCAAACAAAAUACCAUUGGUAAAUGGUAGAAGCUAUCCAUUCGGCGAAAAUACCCUUAUGCCAAUUAGAGGCUUUGAAAUAUAUGAUGGAACAACUACAUUGGAAAAUAUCACAUUUCAAUACUUUCAAGUGCCUGCAUCAAUGCCACAAAGAAAUAUAUCUGCCAUAGGGUUUUUUAGAGUAGAUGAUUGGCAAGACUCUAGUAAAAGUGGGUUUAGAAAUCUUAGAUUUUAUAAAGUAGAUAAAGAAAUUCAUUUUGAGAGCUCAUUAAGAGAUGGUGAUAAAACCUCGACCAUUAGAGAUUUAGAUGGCUCACUAACAUCAAUACCAAACACCGUUUUAACAAGAAACCUUCCAUUUUACAAAACAAAUAAAUGUAAAUAUAUACCAAAAUGGAAUGGGCUAGUUUGCAAAGAGAAUACUGCUCAGCUUUUCAUAUGUAAUGGAGACUCUUCAAUAACCAACUAUAACGGCAAAGAGGCAGGGAUAGUAGCAAUUAAAAAUAAUGACCCAAAUCAAUUUUUAGGAUUAGAAGGUACACCAACUCAUAGUCCAAAGGUUAGAUUUCAAUAUUUAGUAUACAAAGGGCAUCACUAUGAUUUCCAUUUUCCACACCCCACUCCACACUACCUUAGAAUACAACCAAUGAACUGGGAAAUUAGUGAAAACUUUACAAUAGGUGUAUGUAUUGGUAUCUCGACUGGUAUUGAACUAAAAGUUACCAAGACUUCCUCUGGAACUGAUGGAAACUCAAAUAAUGUUAGAGAACUAUACCCAACGAACAGCAAAAGCCAAAUAACAGAAAGCACCUAUUACUUUGACCCAAUAACAUCAAUACUAUAUGCAAUGUAUUAUCAAGAUAAUCCUAGGUUAGGGGAUAACUAUUGUCCAAGCACUGGUUGUGAAGAACUUGUUGUUAGAAUUUACGGCCCAAAUUAUGGAAGAGUUACUGGUGAUUGUCAAACCCUUGCCUAUCAUGCCACAUUCACAAUUUUUGAUGAAAAAAUCAAUGAUAAAUUUAAAAAUACCACACAAAUUGAAAAUAAUAAUUUCGUUUAUAACUCUAGCGAAUCAUAUAGAGGCGAAAUAUUUUUACAAUUUAAUCCAUCACCAAACAACCAACUAAAAUUUGAAUGCGAUCAGUGUAUUCCUUCAACAGGUAUAAAAUAUUUAGAACUUUGGGUAAAUGGUGGUAAAAAUUCCUCAAGUCAAAAUAUUUCAAUUAAAUUAUUAACAAAUAAUAAUAAUAUAAAUUUAAAACAAUAUAAUAUUGAUAUAAAUAAUUUUCAAAACAAUUCAUGGACAUUAGUAAGAAUACCAUUUAAAUUAUUAAAAAUUCUAAAUAAUAACAAUAAUAAUAGUAGUGAAGCUAAUAAUAUUAUUAACAGUGUUGUAUCUUUCAAUGGUAUAUUAAUUAACUCUGGGUUCAAUCAAUCACCAGUCUAUCUAGAUAAUAUUAAAUUUAUUUAUGAUAAUUGA